AAUUUCAUCUUUGAAAAUUAAAUGCCGAUAUUUGAAGGUAGAUAAAGAAACGAUAGAUCACUUAUCACUAAAAUCAAUUUAUUUAUAAUUUUUGUUCUAAGAAUAGAACGCUGAUCACUUAGAGAUCAAGAUAAGCCACGGCCACGUAAAUCCAUCAUCAGCGGCGCCGCCGAUCUGCAGGAGGUCCGCAGUGGGCUGAACCGAUUGAGUUCGCGAAGACGCACAUAGGGCGAGUCGUCCUGGGCGACUCGUCUCGUGCAUCGCACACGCGUACCCUCACAUUAUUAUUGAACGUUGGAUAACGGCAAUUGGCGGAUCAGUGAGUGACAUGCGCGUGGCCGGCCAAUGGGAGUGAAACCAGGGGACAAAACUCAGGUUCCCCAGCAAUAUGGCUGGCAGUAUAAAUUUGAUGCUUGUAACAUGAGUUUCUCUCCGAGAAAUUUGACAACCGUAAGUGUAGUUUUGCGUUACGUGCGGCGUGAUGUGACUUACGCGUGCCCGGCACGCUGGGAAACGGCAAUGCAGGUUGGCUGAGGUCGGAACGAGACAGUCUGAACGCUCCUUAUGUGAACAGGUAUUUUUAGAUCAUCUAUUGAACAAAAAAAAUUAUACGCUGGCAUCACCAUGUCAUCAAGAUUGGAUAGAUUAUUUAUAUUGCUGGAAACGGGAACAAAUGCAGUUACCAAAAGAGCAGCUGCACAACAGUUGGGAGAAGCGCAGAGAUUACACCCUCAUGAUCUGCAUCAUCUAUUGGCGAGAGUCUCGACUCUGCUGAAAUCCCCACAAUGGGACACUCGAGUGUCAGCAGCCCACGCUGUGCAGGCUAUACUUACCCAAGUUCCACCGUGGGACCCAGACCCCAUGAAAAAAGAAAGCUCCACAGAUGAAUCAGAAGUGAAGAAAUGCAGAACUUCCACCAAAUUGAGUUUGGAGUCCUUCGAUAUGGAUAAAGUUCUAGCUCGUAGCUCACAUCUCACUGGGUCGGAGGGCAGUGAAUACGAUUUGACUAUAUCAGAGGGAGAGCAACUAUCGGUUCCCAAUCAACAGGAGAAGCUAGCCGCAAAGCUGGGUUUUCAUCCACGUCUGAUGGGUGUCGACACUGCUGAUUUGUUUUCCGUUGAGGAUUUCACGCCAAUGGUGCAAGCGUCCAGUAUGACACAAGCCGGUACAAUGCCUGUAAGCGAAACUUUGAAACAGCCGGAAGGCUUAAGUAGAAGAGAAAUGAACAGAGCGAAACGCAAGGCACGUCAAUCAGUGACGAAGCAGCGAUCACGCGAACCGGACGAUCAUCGCGCCAACGAUGACCAUUCGAAUUCGAUGAAUGUUCAGUCGCCGGUGAAUGAUAUCGGUGAGCCUGCGUUCAAAAAAUUAAUAUUAGAGGAAACGAUCUCAUCGGACACUGGACCAAAGUGCAGCACACCAAGCGAGCAGGUGUGCGGAGUGCCAGAUGGAACUGGAUGUUGGCCAGAUUCGGUUAUACAUUGGCCUUUAGAAGCUUUCGCGGAGAGCCUUUGUCAAGAUUUGUUCAGUCAGAAGUGGGAAGUGCGUCACGGCGCGGCAACGGCUUUAAGAGAACUCAUAAGGCUCCAUGGAAAAGGAGCAGGCAAGUCCAGAGAUCAAACUCUGGAAGAAAUGCAAGAAAGCCAUUAUCAAUGGAUAAUCGACGCUGCUCUAAGAUUAUUGUGCGUGCUGGGCCUCGAUCGAUUCGGAGACUUCGUUUCUGACCAGGUUGUCGCGCCGGUGCGAGAAACGUGCGCCCAAGCACUGGGAUCGCUGUUCAAAUUAGUGUCCGGCGGGUCGCGCGCCAAAGAUACAAACAAAAUGUUAUUUGGAAUACUUUCCCUAAUAAUGAAACUCUUGGGACACGACGAGUGGGAAGCCCGACAUGGCGCGCUCCUCGCACUGAAAUAUUUACUAGCCGUACGAGACGAUUUAUUGGACGAGGUGUUGCCGAAGGUCUUUCCUACCAUUAUACAAGGAUUGUCCGAUCCUGUGGACGAUGUGGGCGCGGCUGCCGCAAGUGCACUUAUACCAGUGGCUUAUGCUCUCCCGCGAUUAUUGAAGCCAGCAGCGCUGGAAGCGAUCGUGGUACGCCUCUGGCAAUUGUUAAAGGAACAGGACGAUCUAGCUGCGGCUUGUAACAGUUUCAUGGGUCUCUUGGCCGCGAUACUUUCGCUGCCAGCAGCACGCGCCUGUUUGGCGCCGCAGCCGCUAUCGCAGGUAUUGCCACGCUUAUGGCCGUUCCUCAGCCACUCGAGCUCGAGCGUGCGCAAAGCCACGCUGCAAACGCUGCAGACCUUGACCGGGGACGACGGCAGGCACACCGAGGACAAGAAGGAACGGUGGGGCGAGGGCGGCGGUGUGGUCCUGCAGGAAGCGCUGUGGCAUGUGUUUCAGUGCGUGCUAAUCGAACAUAUUGCCGUGAUACAGGACGUGGCCGAGCGUGUCUGGGAGAAUCUAGUCGUACAGAGUGAUCUCGAAUUAUUGCUACACGCGGCAUGCCCUCAUGUCAGCACGUGGCUCUGCCUCGCCAUGCAGCCGGAACAUGUGCCAUUCAAUCCGACUCUGUUAAUGACGGUCGCGAACCCCACGAAGGGCGUAAAGAAUAAUCAAACGGUUGCCUACUGCGACGCGCAAUCGGACUCUAGCAAUAACGGCGGCGGGAAUAGUAAUGCGAAUGCGAAAUCGUUGUCCGAGCUGAAGGUGUACAUCGGCGGGAUCGAAACGGUGGCGCUGAACGUGCGGAAGGCGAACGUAGUGCAGGCUCGUUGUCGAGCGUCUCGUAUGUUGGGAUUGCUGUCGCACUACGUGGUGCAGCCGGCGCCGGGCGUCGUUUACACACCGGACAUGCCCAGCCCGGCGCUCUGUUACGCCAAGGUGUUGCUGGCGCAUCUCAAUUCGCGAUCGGCGCUGCAGCGCACCGUCGUGGGACUCACGAUGUCUCAUUGGGCGACGGUGGAUUCCCUGAAGCCGCCCGCGACACCAGACAUACUCAGGGACAAACUGUUGGCUUGUUUGAACGAAUGUACAUACUACGAUGAAAUCGCGACCUCUUUCACGAAAUUAUUGCACCAAAGUCGGGAUUACAACGCGACCCUGAAACAUUAUAAAUUGCCAGUGCCGGUCGACGUGGAUUCAUCCGGCGUGAUGACUCUUGAUCAGAUCACGGUACUCGUUGGAAAAACGAUAACCGCUCUUUGCGCCGCAGGAAGUGGAGCUGGAAAUAAUAGCGGCAAUCAGAUCAAAUUGAAACCUAAGUUACUAGAGAGCCUGGAGGAAAGGAGGCGAGCGCUAAAGAUCGGAGCGGCCACGACGGCGGCGGAACAACAAUCCUGGCAUAUUAUGUCAAUGGCCGCGCUCGCUGGCGCGGCCACGAUGUUACACUGCCUUCCUCAAGCUCCGCAGCCGCUUAAUCCGUUGGUGAAACCGCUGAUGGAAGCUGUAAAACGCGAGGAAAAUGAAGAACUGCAAAAACUGGCUGCGAAGCAUUUGUCUUGUUUGAUUGAACUGUGCGUCGACAGAAAACCCUCUCCAAACGCAAAGAUUUCCACCAAUCUGUGUACGUUCUUGUGUUCCGACAUUGAAUUCACGCCGCGCGUAUGUUGCGCCGGCGACGCUGACGUUUACGACGGAAUACUUACUUUGAAUAAUAGACAGAAACAAGCUGAAAGAAUAGCGUAUAAUCGUGGUGCUGGCACCGGGGUCGGCGGUGGCAGAGGUCCCGGUCGACCGCCGACAACGGAAAUACCCUUGGAAGAGUUACUGGCUUGCGAAGAACCGGAAGCCAAAGCCGCCAGAACACGUCGCCGCGGAGCCACAUUAGCAUUGACAGCUAUAGCUACUCUUCUCGGUGCUCAAUUGCCGGUUCGUCUACCUCAGCUGUGGGAUUUGAUUUUGCCGAGUAUACUAAAAGACGCAAACUGGCAGGAUAAGGUACAAGAGGAGGAAGGAAAUCAAUUGAUCUUUGGCUUGCAAGUGUUGGAGAUUAUGGCGCCGAGCUUGGACAAGUCCCUCUUGCCGCCUGUGCUGGAGUGUCUGCCGCGUUUGUGCAUUCUAUUAGCGCAUCCGUACAAAGCCGUCAGGCAUAUGACAUCACGAUGUAUAGCUACGCUAGCCAGUUUAAAUACGGAGAAGACAAUGAUACACAUAAGGCAUAGCGUCAUACCGCUUCUGGAAACGACCGGCGGUGAGAAAAAAUGUUCCUCAGGCAAAAUGGCACCGAAUGAGGUCGAUUCGAUACGCCAGGGAGCCGCGGAGGCUCUGACUUGCAUCGUCGAAACAUUGGGCGUCCACGUGGUGCCGUACGCUGUACUCUUUAUGGUGCCUUUACUCGGACGUAUGAGCGAUCAGAAUCAAGCUGUAAGAUUAGCCUGCAGCGCGACAUUCGCCACACUUGUCCAACUGUUACCGCUGGAUCCCGGCUCACUCGCGGAUCCGCCGGAUUUAGUACAAGAGAAGGCACAGGAGCGAAAGUUCCUCGAUCAGCUCAUAAAUCCCCGUAAUAUCCCCGACACGGAGCUGCCGGUUCCCGUAGCCGCUGAGCUACGCUCUUACCAACGUCAGGGCUUGAAUUGGCUCAACUUUCUAAAUCGCUACCACCUGCACGGAGUUCUGUGCGACGAUAUGGGUCUCGGAAAAACGCUGCAAACUCUCUGCAUCCUGGCGCUGGACCACCAUCGCAAUUUACAAACACCAACCAGCCUAGUGGUGUGCCCGCCGACUCUCACCGGUCACUGGGUGUACGAAGCCGAGAAGUUCUUCAAGGCGCAGGAUCUGUCGGUCAUCCAGUACGCCGGCACGCCGCUGGAGCGCGACAAACUGCGUUCCCGCGUGCUGAAUUAUCGGCUCGUGAUCGCGAGUUACGACAUCGUGCGCAAGGACAUCGAAUUCUUCGAGGCGCACCAAUGGAAUUACUGCGUGCUCGACGAGGGCCACGUGAUAAAAAACGGCAAGACGAAGAACGCCAAGGCGGCGAAGCGGCUGCACGCUAAUCACAGGCUCAUCCUGUCCGGCACACCUGUGCAAAACAACGUACUCGAAUUGUGGUCUCUGUUCGACUUUCUGAUGCCGGGCUUCCUCGGCAGCGAGAAACAAUUCGCCGCCAAGUAUUCUCGUCCCAUUCUAGCCUGCAGAGAACCGAAGGCAGGGCCGAAGGAGCAGGAAGCCGGCGCUUUGGCCAUGGAGGCUCUUCAUCGACAGGUACUGCCGUUCUUGCUGAGGCGGAACAAGGAAGAUGUGCUACAGGAUCUGCCGCCCAAAAUCACGCAGGAUUAUUACUGCGAUUUGUCGCCUCUGCAACGUCUACUUUACGAAGACUUCCGUACUCGUCAUACGGCAACGCUCACCACCGGCUCUUCGUCUUCGAGCGAUCUUCAAACUGGCCACGUAUUCGAGGCGUUACGAUACUUACGCAACGUGUGUAAUCACCCUAAAUUGGUGUUGAAACAACAACAUCCGUUAUAUCAAACGGUAUGUGACAUGUUGAAGCAGCAACAAAAUACUCUGGCGGACAUCGAGCACAGCGCCAAGUUGCCUGCUCUCAAGCAACUGUUGCUGGAUUGCGGCAUCGGACAGCAGGCGCGUAAUUCCUCCGCCGUCACAGAAAACUCUCAGGAGCAGCAGUUGGUCAGCCAGCAUCGCGCUCUAAUUUUCUGCCAGCUGAAGGCGAUGCUGGAUAUCGUGGAGAACGAUUUGCUGCGCGCGCAUUUGCCGACGGUCACUUACCUACGUCUCGACGGUAGCAUACCAGCGGCUCAGAGGCACUCCGUCGUGGCGCGCUUCAACGCCGAUCCGUCGAUCGACGUUCUUCUGCUGACCACUCAGGUCGGCGGUAUCGGAUUGAACCUAACGGGCGCCGACACCGUCAUAUUCGUGGAGCACGACUGGAACCCGAUGAAAGAUCUCCAAGCGAUGGACCGCGCGCAUCGUAUAGGUCAGAAGAAAGUAGUGAAUGUGUACCGCUUGAUCAGCAGAUCGACAGUGGAGGAGAAAAUCAUGGGGCUGCAGAAGUUUAAGCUUCUCACCGCGAACACAGUAAUAUCGACGGACAACGCCGCUCUGGAGACCAUGGCUACCGAUCAGUUGUUAGAUUUAUUCUUGUUGGAUAACGAAAAAGAGAAGAGGCAACCGGAUCAUCACGAUGACGCCGCUUUGUCGAAGUUACCUGGCCUACCGGGAAUUAGCCGUUCUGUACUGGAUAUCCUGCCUGAGCUUUGGGAACAGCAACAAUAUGACGACGAAUACGAUCUCGACUCAUUUUUGUCCACACUGAAGGCUGAUAGCCAGUAAGCUCGUACCUCGUUAAAUCAAUGAACGUAGAUUAUAAAAUUUGAGAAGUUUAUCGCGUGUCAUGUAGCUUGAGGUUGGCACAUCAAGUAGGCAUGUUGUAGAUUCGGUUGUUAACUUUUAGUUGUGUGCGAGGCGAUAAUCUUCGAAAGUUCAUAAGGCAUCGCCGAGUGGCCGAAGAUGACAAUUGACGUAAUUUACAUACUACGUAAAAAAAAAGGCCACCACUGAUUAACUAAAAGUUAACUAGCCUUGUCGCGCUCUAACAGGCGCUUUCUUGCUAAGUGCUAGCGAUAAGGGAAAUGACAUUAUACGUGGUACCUAAGCUCAGAUAACUGGUAUGAUAGCCGAUAGAGAAUAGAUUAAGGUAUAUCUUGUGUAUCUUUAGUUAUAAUAAUUUAUAAAAAUGCCGAUAUAAUUACACAAUUCCACAUUUGUACCAAACGACGCCAUGGUGCAUAAUUAUUUAUAAUGUAUACUAGUCUCUUUCUCUCUCUUUCUCUUUUUCUACACCAUCAUACGAGUCAGUAAACGACAAUACCAGUUGCCUCAAUCGCUAUCUACGUGCGUUCACAUACUCAAAUCAUUAUUCUUUAACCACAGUAGCGAUACUCCGUUAAUAAUAUUUGUUAGCAUUUUAUCGAGAAGCGCACCAGCCGGGGAUAAUUCUAACGAAAGUUUACAAAAUACUACAGCUUUCGAUUGAAAUCAUACGAACUGAAUUUAUUGCAAUCAUUGCAAACAAUUAGCUUUCCAAUGAUUUAAUUUAUUUUAAUAUAUGACUUUACGAUAAAUCUUUAAUACAUCAAUAUUUUCUUUCACUUUUUUUAGAA